CGUUUGCUUCAUUCCAGUGCACAAGCCGAGCGACGCAGACGGUUCACAUAACAGCCAAAGCCGAUAAAUUCGCUCAGGGAAUAAAAUAUCUGUAAACUGCGAGGCUGUUUCUUUUACGGGAAUACCACUUGAUCGUGGACGCAUGUGAGCGCGCACAUGCUUAGCUGGGACUACACCAUGGUUCUGACACAAGUGCGGCUAUCUCUUCCUCUGCUCUGACCACAGAGAAAGUCUUUGGAUCUUCCCUAGAAGGCUGAUAUUUCUUUUCUCAGUGACUAUCAACGAAAUACUGCUGGAAAUAUUCUCCGGAUGGUGACUACGGACUGGACUACCUGUUUUCAGCUGAUUCGCUCAAUGCGAAGGGAAAGGACUGGGAUUCUUGUGCCAACUGCAUUUUCUCUGGUUUGAAAAAAAAAGAGGCACGUUGGAGAUCACUGAAAAGGGAGAAAGGCUGCUAUAUUCACAUAUUUUACACCAAGGGUGUUAUUUCCUCCGAACACUCAGUUUACGUGUUUUGGUGAAUGGGGGCAACUCUGGUCCUGGAGGCUUGACACAGCUGGGACUGAGACAGGGACUGGGUGCGUGGAGCGUCGGAUCGCCCAGGAUUGUAUUCCCUCCACUCUCUCUCUCUCGUGGGUCUAUUUACAUGUCCGACCUGACUGCUUUAUGACAAUGGAUUACUUUCUGCUUUUAUGCAGCCUCUUGCUGCCUGUGGUAUCCGCCGUUGAAGAGACGCUGAUGGACACGAAGUGGGCCACGACAGAAUUAGCCUGGACUGCGCACCCUGAGACAGGGUGGGAAGAAGUGAGCGGCUACGAUGAUGCCAUGAAUCCCAUCCGGACUUACCAAGUCUGUAAUGUACGUGAGCUCAACCAGAAUAACUGGCUACGCAGUGAUUUCAUCCCACGAAAGGAUGUGCUACGUGUAUAUGUGGAAAUGAAAUUCACAGUGCGUGAUUGCAACAGCAUUCCUAACAUCCCAGGUUCCUGCAAAGAGACCUUCAACCUCUUCUACUAUGAAUCUGACUCAGACUCAGCCACAGCUACCAGCCCUUUCUGGAUGGAGAACCCUUAUGUGAAGGUGGACACUAUUGCCCCAGAUGAGAGCUUUUCCAUGCUUGAAUCUGGACGGGUAAACACAAAAGUCCGAAGUUUCGGGCCACUGUCCAAAGCCGGGUUCUACUUGGCCUUCCAGGACCUUGGUGCUUGCAUGUCACUCAUCUCAGUGAGGGUGUUUUAUAAGAAGUGCUCCACCACCAUCGCCAACUUUGCAGUUUUCCCAGAGACAGCAACUGGGGCUGAGGCAACGUCCUUGGUCAUUGCACCGGGAACUUGUGUCCCCAAUGCCCUGGAGGUGUCUGUGCCACUGAAGCUUUAUUGCAACGGAGAUGGAGAGUGGAUGGUUCCCGUGGGUGCCUGCACUUGCUCAGCUGGUUUUGAACCAGCCAUGAAGGACACUCAAUGUCAAGCUUGCAGCCCUGGCACCUUCAAAUCCAAGCAGGGGGACAGCUUCUGCGUGCCCUGCCCAGCCAACAGCCGUGCCAGCUCAGGAGCAGCCAGCGUUUGCUCCUGUCGAAACGGUUUCUACCGCUCAGACACAGACUCUCCUGACUCUCCCUGCACGACUGUUCCCUCUGCACCACGCAGCGUCAUCUCCAUUGUGAACGAAACCUCGCUUGUGCUGGAAUGGAGUGACCCACGUGACUUGGGCGGCCGCGACGACACCUUCUACAACGUCAUCUGUAAAAAGUGCCUGCCUGAACGGGGAAUGUGCUCACGGUGUGACGACAACGUAGAAAUCUCACCACGCCACCUGGGCCUGACCCAGCGACGUGUGGCUGUCCGUAACCUUCAAGCCCACACACAGUACAGCUUUGAGAUUCAGGCGGUCAAUGGGGUUUCCAACAAGAGUCCCUAUACACCUCAGUUUUCUGCAGUGAACAUCACCACAAAUCAGGCUGCUCCGUCUGCAGUGCCCACAGUUCACCUGAUGGCGGCCACAGCGAGCACCAUGAGCCUGUCCUGGCUGCCUCCAGAGAAACCCAACGGAAUCAUUCUGGAUUAUGAGAUUAAGUACCAUGAGAAGGAUCAAGGUGAGGCCAUCGCACAUACCAUGACUGCCCAACGGAGCAAUGCCCGCAUUGAAGGUCUCAAGGCUGGUACGCCUUAUGUAGUACAGGUCCGUGCCCGAACAGUGGCUGGCUACGGUCGUUACAGCAGCCCAGCCGACUUCAGCACCAACCUGCAAACUGACCCACCGAAGUCAUGGCAAGAGCAGUUACCACUUAUUGUGGGAUCAGCCACUGCCACCUUGGUCUUCAUCAUUGCAGUUGUGGUCAUCGCUAUUGUCUGCCUCAGAAAGCAGAGAAAUGGUUCAGAAUCGGAGUACACAGAGAAACUACAGCAAUACAAAUCCCCUAUAGUAACGCCAGGAAUGAAGGUCUACAUUGACCCCUUCACCUAUGAGGACCCCAACGAGGCGGUGCGCGAGUUUGCCAAGGAGAUCGACGUCUCCUGCGUGAAGAUCGAGGAGGUCAUUGGCGCAGGUAACCCACCAAAGCUCCUGAGCUACAGGGGGAAGACUGCUAGUCACCUCCAGGCCAUACCGUUAGAGGACUUCACACCAAGCGGAGAGUUUGGGGAGGUGUGCCGCGGUCGCCUCAAGCUGCCUGGGCGGCGGGAGAUCAUCGUAGCCAUCAAGACUCUCAAGGUGGGCUACACUGACCGCCAGAGGCGAGACUUCCUAUCGGAGGCAUCCAUCAUGGGCCAGUUCGACCACCCCAACAUCAUUCGCCUGGAGGGUGUGGUCACCAAAAGUCGACCAGUGAUGAUUGUGACCGAGUUCAUGGAGAAUGGGGCACUGGACUCCUUCCUAAGGCUCAAUGAUGGGCAGUUCACGGUGAUCCAGCUGGUUGGCAUGCUGCGCGGCAUUGCCGCAGGUAUGAAGUACCUGUCAGACAUGAACUACGUGCACAGAGACUUGGCUGCCCGUAACAUCUUGGUCAACAGUAAUCUGGUGUGCAAGGUGUCAGACUUUGGCCUAUCUCGUUUCCUCGAAGAUGACCCUACAGACCCCACCUACACUAGCUCACUGGGGGGAAAGAUCCCCAUCCGCUGGACGGCUCCUGAGGCAAUUGCCUACAGGAAGUUCACCUCAGCCAGUGAUGUGUGGAGCUAUGGCAUUGUCAUGUGGGAAGUGAUGUCAUACGGAGAGCGACCGUACUGGGACAUGAGCAAUCAGGAUGUGAUAAAUGCUGUGGAGCAGGAUUAUCGACUGCCCCCACCUAUGGACUGCCCCACAGCGCUGCACCAGCUCAUGUUGGACUGCUGGGUGAAAGAGAGGAACCUGCGACCCAAAUUCACCCAGAUUGUGGCCACGCUGGAUAAGCUUAUCCGCAAUGCUGCCAGCCUCAAGGUGGUCACCAACAGCACACAGUCCACCGGGGUAUCCCAGCCCUUGCUUGAUCGAUGUGUGCCAGACUAUACCACUUUCACCACUGUGGGGGACUGGCUUGACGCCAUCAAGAUGAGCCGCUACCGUGACAACUUUGUCAACGCCGGAUUUGCUUCCUUUGACCUGGUGGCCCAGAUGACAGCAGAGGACUUGCUGCGGAUAGGGGUAACGUUGGCUGGCCACCAGAAGAAGAUUCUUGGUAGCAUUCAGGACAUGAGACUACAGAUGAACCAAACACUUCCUGUCCAGGUUUGAACAACAGGACACACAGACCGAUGCAGUCGAAGGACAGCCAGACAGAAGAAAAAGGGGGAGGAACUGUGCCAGAGAGAGCCAUUGGAAAACCCUAGCUGCCUGACCCAUCUCUGCCAAUUAGACGCUAUGAAACUGGCUUGCAGUGCCUCUGACUAGUUUAUUUUUUUGUUCUUUUUUUUGCUACCACUUCCAUUUCCUGUUCCUGUUUUUUUUUGUUAUUCAUCAUUGUUUCUUUUUUUCAUUGAACCAGAAUUUGUGUGUUUUUGAAAGAGGAGUAAAAGUUAACCCCUUUAUAUCCCAUGCGUGCCUCACCAGCUCUGGUGCGGGUUGACGUUUGCAUGCAUGUGUGUUUUAGUGAGGUUGGCUUCAGCCCUGUAACUGAAACGUCACACUCUGAUCCUCAUGCAAGACCCCUUCCCUGGACCCCUCAACCCAGCUUUGAUGGACAUAAUAAAUAGUAAAGAAUGAACACCCUGGUAUAAAAACAGUGAACAAAUAUUCAUGCGUAUAAAAAACAAAACAAAAAAACAGAGGUGUUUUGGACCCACAGGAGACAGAGGACAAUUUUUUUCCCUGAAGUUGUUUUACUGUGCACGUGUGUGUUGUUCUCCAUCUUCAUAUUGAAGGUGUGUUAUCUAAAGGGCACUUGCUGAAGAAGGGUGAGGUGGUAAAAGAGGAAAUAUGAUGGGCUGAGGUCAAAAGUCAAGAGGAUGACAGAGAUCAAAAGGUCAAAAGGAGGCAGCCACAUUUUUGGACACUUGUUUUGGCUGCUAAAUCCUCAAUAGGUCACCAGAUGACCUCUUCACCAUGACCUGAAGUGUCUCAGGAUAGUUUCACAGAUUGGGAUCACCUGCUCAUCAACUGUGUUUUCACACAUGAUUUUUUUUUAUUUUUUAUUUUUGUUAGUCCACACACCAUUUUUUUUUUCUUUUUUUGGCUUUCUUACACUUUCUUGGGAGAUUUGUGGUUUCAAAAUGGCCGGUCAAACCGAAGUACCCCUACUGGACGCUUCAUGUGAUUAAGGGGAGACAAGGACUGUGGCAACACAAUAGAAAGACCACUUGGCCUUUUGUGUGCAUAUUUGUAUGUGUGUGUGCGCAUGUGUGCGUGUAUGUGUGAUUAAGUGUGCUUGGACGUGCGGGUGUGUGAAGUUGCACACAAGUAUACUGUACAAUACAGCUUCCGCUAUUUGCCACCGUGGAGAAUUAACGCAUGAACUGAACCGUGACAAGGAGCAAAUAUAUCUGAAACAAUUACGCUAUAUUCUGUGGACAACUGUUAAACAUUCUUUUUUAUUGAAUCCAAAAAAUGAACUUUGGACAUACAUAUAUAUAUAUAUAUAAAUAUAUAUAUAUGCAUCAAGCAGAAACUGAGAGAAACCCUUGACGGACACCUUACUUUCUACUUACUAUUAUCUGGAUUUAGAAAUAAUUAAAAUUCUUGUUUUAAUUUCUUGACAUCCUGCCCUAUGUAUUUAUUUGUACCUCGCCCGCCACCCCGCACCCCCCUACCAACACCCAGAUGGACUAUAGACCAUUUGGGACAGUGGACUUGGAACAAUCAGAUGGAAGAGAAACUCCAAGAGGAUUCAGCUAAUGAAUUGAUGAUUAUUAAACAAAAUAAAUUGCAUAUAAAUUGGAUAUUGUAUUUUUGUUGUUGUUCUAAACAGCCUGUACAUGUUUUGUAACAAAAAUACGAUAAAUAACAAAAGAAAAAUGGUGUUUUGACAAAAUGGAAGUGUCGUUGUGAAAUGUUUGAUCAGAGUGAAAUUAACAGAGUAAAGAAAGAAGAGAGAGAGAGAGAAAGAAAGAGAGAGGAGAUAUAGAAGAAUAGAUAAAUAACAGCAAUGGUUAGACCACUGGUAAUAGUGUUUAAAUCAGACCUACAGCCACAGCCUUUUUGCUCCUUGUCCAUUGUUGUGUGAGUGUCUGUGUAGGUGUGUUUAAGCAAGUUGGAUAUUAAGCUUCCCCAAUUCAUUCUCACUCUCUGCAUAAAGAGCAUUUGUAAAGCACUGAGCUGUUACUAAUUGUCUUCCAGGCACAUUUUUCAACUCCAAAACCUCCUGUAAACCACUCAAAUGCAUCUCUGUGGUUUACCUAUGUUUUAAUUUUACUUACUGAACAACACCUCCAACAAUGGGAUCCUCCCAAACUAUAUUAUGUAGGACUGUUAAGUCAUUUUUAAAGAGAAGGUGUAGUCAGCCUUACUGCCAAUCACUUCAAUCACCCCGGAGGCAGCGCUCCAUCAUAGGACCUGCAGUUUACUUCCCCGCAACAGGAUUCUCAUCAGAGAAUCCAGAGCUCUCAGAAGCGAAACCUAUUGGUCUUUGUCUGUCAGGUCGAUUAAUGCAGCGGCCAAUCUGGCUUUGCAAAGAUACGAACAUGCAGCGAGAGCAGACAUACGGCGGGCUGACCUAUCAUUAUCUCUCUUCAUUUCCUGUCUGGCCUGCAAUCAUCCUGUCUCAGCUCAGGCUGCUGCAUGAUUAGUACAGUGCAGGAUCAACAGUCCUGGCAUGCACACUACCAAAAUCUGCAGGCCCCUUCAUCCUAAAUGAUAGCAGCUGCAUCACGAAGACCAUACUAUUUGCUCUUCUCACAGAGCGGUGUUUGAAGGUAGCGGAUUAAGGGAUAUAGCUGCAUCACUGGUGUGAUCUUCCAGACAGUUACCAUAUUGUUUGGGUUGGAGCUGAUCAAUGCAAUAUGUGAAUAUUAUUAGUUAGGUGUGUAUUGAUAGCGUGAUGUUAGUGGCCAUGCAGUAUGUCUUGCCAUAUUACUUUUGUCAGCCUCUUUAAAGUCCCUUCAAAAGCCAUGGAGGAUAUUAUGCAAAACAACAAUGUGUUUCUUAUUUUGUAUUGUUUCAUCUUUUUCCACAUACAGACAUUUUCACUACUGCUAGUACACUCUGUAAAGGGCUUACUAACCUUUUACAGUUGUAGUACACAAUCAAGUAAUGAUACCAAUAGUUGUGUACUUACAGUAAAACUAUACAGUAAAUAAGUCUCAAAUCCCAAAUGGUUUUCAUCAAAGUGUCAGUUUUGAUUUCCGUGUCUUAGAAUCAGAGGCAUUGGUAUCAGCAGGGGAGGAAAGAUGGUUUGUUGACAUGAUGAGAAAAUGUUGAAAGUGCCUGUUAGAUGAGCAAACAUAUUUUCUAGGUACCAUUCUGCAGAAUAAUUUAGUUUCUCUCCAAAAUGAAACAGCAUUUUGAUUGGGAAAGAAUGAUUCUGUUCACAUUGGGAGAUGACAGAAGAGCAGAAUUAAUGAAAUCAGAAGCUCACUUUUAGUAAAAGUCUCCCAGGAAUAAACAAUAUUACUCCCCCUUCCUCCACUCAGCUCAAUCAUUCAAUCAGUUAAGCCCCAUGGUUGCAAACUUGCAUGUGGCACCAAACAAGACACAGUUGAUGAGCAUAAAAAUAGAGAAGGGGGGCAUAUGUGGGGCUAAACACAAUCAGAUGGCAGACAUGCCCACUCAUGAAAAAUGGCAGCGUUUUGGAGCUCGCAUGAACUAUUGAUGAGGUGCACAUGGUGCGCUGGGGUCUGGAGUUGCGUUCACCAAACUCAACCGACCGUGAGUGAUGAGCUCAACUGGCGCUGUUGCACAUCUUAAAAUGAUUAAACUGCCACCACAUCAACUGCAAACAAUUAAUCUUUGAGUGGAUUUUUCACACAUUCAAGGGUGUGUUUAAUAUUUAACAUUCACAGGGAAGGAAAAGAGGAAAGAAACUGGCUCUCGUGUUUUCUAUUCAUCCUCCUGACUGCACGUCGGUGAAAUUUAAGAUGGACUGUUAUGUUUGCGUGUGAGUGUGUGAGUGUGUGGAAGAACAGGAUUGCCAUUUUAUACAGAAACAUUUUGAUCAGCAGAGUCUAGACUUUGUCAGAUAUGGUUAUCUCUUUGUGUGCCAAUAGGAUUCAAACUAUCCCAACAUUCCUUCCAUCUUUCUUUCUAUAUUUUACAUCCCCCAACUAAUCAUCCAACACACAGCCGCCCUUCCUGAAACCCCCUCACUUACAACUUUCUGACUUUCCUUGCUUCAGUUGUCUGUUUUAAAUACAUAUAUACAGUACUGUUUUUCCUUUUGUCUUCUGACAAGCUCACUCCACAUCUGUCUUUUAGUCACUUUUGAAGAGCCCCACUUCAUUAAAGGAAGUGAGAUUUCAGAGCGUUCUGUACAUGUAUAGUGAAAUGGGGGGUGGGGGGGGGGGUUGGGAUGGAAUAAAGCGUUGAGAAAUGCAAUUGUUAAUUCUUCUUUGAAAAGCAUUGAGAUGUAUUUAAUGGUGCAGACAUACACAACAAAUUACUAAAAAAAAAAAUGAUGCAUUCUUGUAGAAAUAUUUUUAAA